AUGUCCAGUGUCGCUGAUGGUGUUGGUGGUUGGAGGGCCUACGGUGUUGAUCCUGGACGCUUUUCUCGGGCUAUAGUGCGCAAUUGUGAAAGGUUGGUGAAUACCGGUCGUUUCAAACCGGACGAACCUGAACUACUGAUUGCCCAAAGUUACGAAGAUGUUCUCACGUCCAAAGAUCCUAUUAUGGGUAGCGCAACACUUUGUGUGAUCGCAUUGCACCGAUGUGAUCACCGACUGUAUGCUGCCAGUCUGGGUGAUAGUGGAUAUUUGGUUGUACGACACGGUCGUAUCGUUCAACGUUCGACGCAUCAAAAGCAUACCUUCAAUACACCUUUUCAACUGGCUUCACCGCCUCCUGUUCAAACACGCCAGUUUUAUCGUGACUUACCCACACAAGCCGCUCAAAGUUCCAUCAACGUUGAACCGGGUGACUUGUUGGUCGUUGGCACGGACGGUCUGUUUGACAAUCUGACGGACACAAUGAUCCUUCAAGAGUUGGAUACAGUGAAGCUGGAAAAUGAUGAUCCCCUGGAAAGUUUGCAUCAAUGCGCUAGACGUUUGGUGGACAGAGCGCGAAUGGCCGCUUUUGUCCCCGACUUUCAAUCGCCUUUCGCUAGCGAAGCCCGACGCUAUGGCAUCAACAUUGCAGGUGGUGUGCCUGGUGAUAUCACUGUUAUCCUCGGACUAGUUAUCAAUGGCGAUGAGAUUCACGCGGUAGAAUUAACGGAUGCAACCGCCGUGCAACGUUCAUCGCGAUCCACGACUCGCCGACGAUUGCAUCGCCUUUCCGAAUCCGAUUUGGAACGCAUAUUUGUGUCGCCGACUCUCCGAUCAACCUCACACUCCGUACCAAGACAGCAGCCCUGA